AUGUGUGUGUCCCGGGACAAGAGCUGUGUGCGCUGUGCACACGCACGCAAACGUGCACAGAGCCGCGCGUCUGAAGAGAGGAUCCUCCGCUCUGCACGCGCUGAGACCAGGGAUUGCUGGGAAGAAGAAGGAGGCCGUCGAGCGCAGAGCAUUGGAGAGAGAGCCAUACACCCAGCUGCUGACAAAAGAGCCACAGCGCCCCCUACAGGAGCCAUGAUGAGCCACGAGGAGGUGCCGAGCGAGGAGGUGGUGGAGGAGCAGGCGAAGCUGAAGCAGGGCCUGGUCAAAGUGCUGCAGUGCGUGGCCACCAUCUCAUCCGCCGCUGCCGUGGUCAACCCCAUCUUCGGCGUGGCGGGCUCGCUGUUGCGCGUGGUGCUGCACCACGUGGACGACGAGGACAUCCGUACGCUCAAGCGAGAGUUCGGCUCCGUGAACCGCGCGCUCGAACGCAUCUCGCACCAGAGCCGCGACACGCUGCUGCAGGUGCAGAGGGACACGCUGGACGGACAGUACGGCCGCGUGGAGGAAAACCUCAGGAACCAGUUCAGGAAGUUCAUGGAGAUGGUGGAGGCCCGGCCUGACUUGAGAGAGCGCAAGAAGGACGACUUUGAGGAGAGCUAUGCUAACGACCUCGGCGACCAGAACCUGCACACCCUGUACGACGGCGUGAUGGGCAAACCCAAGCUGUUCAGUCGCCCGGUGCUGGACGUGUACCUGAAGCAUUGCCAUGGCGACCGGCGUGUGAUGGAGCGGCUCUGCACGCGCCUCACGUACCUGUUCUGCAUCGGCCUCAUCGCGCUGAUGGGAUACGCCGCCGUCAUCGGGGACGACGAGGAGGGACUGAGCGAGGAGUGGGCCGAGCGCAUGGAGCAUGUGCAGGAGAAGAUGCAGGAGGCGCUACGGCAGUGCGACUAA